CAGACUAAUUACUGAUUUGACUUCAUGAACAUAAAUUCCUGGGCCUGCUGAAAUGCCUUCCUUCCACCAUGGACCAGGAUUAUGAGAGACGUCUCCUACGUCAAAUCAACAUACAGAAUGAAAACACAAUGCCUUGUGUAGCAGAGAUGAGAAGAACCCUGACGCCUUCAAAUUCUCCAAUGUCUUCUCCGAGUAAGCAUGGUGACAGGUUUAUUCCUUCCAGAGCUGGGGCCAAUUGGAGCAUCAACUUCCACAGGAUAAAUGAAAAUGAAAAAUCACCAAGUCAAAAUAGAAAAGCAAAGGAUGCUACAUCAGACAAUGGCAAAGAUGGCCUUGCUUACUCUGCCUUGCUGAAGAAUGAACUCUUGGGAGCAGGGAUUGAGAAAGUGCAAGACCCACAGACAGAAGACAGGAGGCUGCAGCCAUCCACCCCGGAGAAGAAGUCUCUUUUCACUUAUUCGCUCAGCACAAAACGCUCUAGUCCAGAUGAUGGCAACGAGGUGUCACCGUAUUCCCUGUCUCCUGUCAGCAACAAAAGUCAGAAGCUACUAAGAUCACCUAGAAAACCAACUCGGAAAAUCUCAAAGAUUCCCUUCAAAGUACUGGAUGCCCCAGAGCUGCAGGACGACUUCUACCUGAACCUAGUGGACUGGUCCUCUCUUAAUGUCCUCAGCGUUGGCCUUGGGACUUGUGUUUACCUCUGGAGUGCUUGUACCAGCCAGGUAACCCGGCUGUGUGACCUCUCUGUGGAAGGAGAUUCUGUAACAUCAGUGGGCUGGUCCGAACGGGGGAACUUGGUAGCCGUUGGCACUCACAAGGGCUUUGUGCAGAUCUGGGAUGCAGCUGCUGGAAAAAAGCUGUCCAUGCUAGAGGGGCACACAGCCAGAGUCGGGGCCUUGGCGUGGAAUGCAGACCAGCUGUCUUCUGGGAGUCGUGACAGGAUGAUCCUUCAGCGGGACAUCCGCACCCCGCCCUUGCAGUCCGAGCGGCGGCUCCAGGGCCACAGGCAGGAGGUCUGUGGGCUCAAAUGGUCUACAGACCACCAGCUCCUGGCCUCCGGAGGAAAUGAUAAUAAGCUCCUUGUCUGGAAUCACUCCAGCCUGAGUCCCGUCCAACAAUACACAGAGCAUCUUGCAGCAGUCAAAGCGAUCGCCUGGUCUCCGCACCAGCAUGGACUGCUUGCCUCUGGCGGUGGGACGGCUGACCGCUGCAUCCGCUUCUGGAACACGCUCACCGGGCAGCCCUUGCAGUGCAUUGACACUGGGUCACAAGUGUGCAACCUGGCCUGGUCGAAGCAUGCCAACGAGCUGGUGAGUACCCAUGGAUACUCGCAGAACCAGAUCCUCGUCUGGAAGUACCCCUCGUUAACACAAGUAGCAAAGCUAACUGGGCAUUCGUACCGCGUCUUAUAUUUGGCGAUGUCCCCUGAUGGGGAGGCCAUAGUUACAGGAGCUGGAGAUGAGACCUUGCGCUUCUGGAACGUCUUCAGUAAAACCCGCUCGACAAAGGAGUCGGUGUCUGUGCUCAACCUCUUCACCCGGAUACGAUAA